UCUGCGGCGUUGCCACUUUACAGCAAGCCACUUGCCAUGCUGGCUUGCUAAUGAUUCGAAUUAGAGUCCGAUACCUGCACUUAAUGUGUUUGCUCUCGGAUGCUCUCUACCAAAUCACGGACGAGCCUUUGCAAACCAUGGACUGUGUGAGGUGGAGUGGGCCGAGGAAUGUGGUUGACAUUGAGUAGGAACAUAAAGGCCAAGCCUCUCUCCCUUCUGGUGGAAUAUUCCCUCAUGCCUUACACCGUCAGACAUCAUUAGUCUAAACAUGCUCACCAUUUUCAUAUUCAUCUCUUUGUUCUCAAAUGUGCUCAGUUCCAUUGUUACAUAUGAUUGGGAAGCCACGUGGGUAUAUGCUUCCCCAGAUGACUUUGCUCGGCCGGUCAUUGGCAUAAAUGGGAAAUUUCCAUGUCCCAACAUUGAUGUCAAUCUAGGGGAUCGAAUCAUCAUCAACUUCAGCAAUAAACUUGUCAAUGAAACUACUUCGCUCCACUUCCAUGGAUUAUUUCAGACAGGCACGAGUGCUAUGGACGGCCCGGUUGGCGUCAACCAAUGCCCUGUCUAUCCCGAGCAAACUCUCGUCUAUGACUUUGUUGUGGAUCAAGUUGGCACCUUUUGGUAUCACGCCCAUAAUGGUGGCUCAUAUAUGGACGGCCUUCGAGGAGCAAUUAUCAUACAUGACCCGUCUCCUCCCUUCGAAUUUGACGAAGAUGUCACUAUCACUCUGUCAGAUUGGUAUCAAGAUGAGAUCCCGGGCCUAGUCAAUUACUUCGAAUCGCAGGCCAAUGAAGACGAUGGCGGUGCUGAGCCAAUUCCAAAUUCGGCGGUCAUGCAAGACACUCAGAAUGUUACAUUUCCCGUCAAACCAGGAAAGACAUAUCUCAUGCGUUUCAUCAAUAUCGGCGGUUUUGUCGGGACAUACGUUUCCAUUGACGACCACACCAUGAGCAUCGUGGAGAUCGAUGGAAUCUAUGUCGAACCAAAAAAGGCCGAUGAGCUGUAUCUCUCAGUAGCUCAACGAUAUGCUGUCUUAGUGACUAUGAAAAGCAGUACCGACAAGAACUACGCGAUUUCUGUCACUUUGGACACGGCCAUGUUCGACAGCAUUCCUCCUUGGGCUAAUCCAGAUGUGUUUGGAUGGCUUGUUUAUGAUUCCAAGAAACCUCUACCCACCCCAGUUCCCCUCAGAACGUACAAUACUAUCGAUGACACAACGCUAGUUCCUGUGGAUCACAUGGGAGCUCUUACGAAAGUUGAUCACCAAAUCAUCAUGACCUUUAAUUUCGAGGAUGACAUAGGGUAUAAUCGAGCUAUCAUCAACAAUAUUACUUACAUUGGACCAACGGUUCCGACGCUGUUCACUGUCAUGUCUGCACCAGCCAAAGAUGUCAUGAACCCCAUAAUCUAUGGGCAAGUCAACCCCUCUGUUUUGAAACACAAUGAUGUUAUUGAAAUCGUUCUCAUAAACCAAGACACUGGUUCUCAUCCGUGGCAUCUUCACGGACAUGCAUUCCAAGUCAUCGAACGCUCAGCUGUCGGUGUUGACUAUGAUCCGGACAACGUCAUUGUACCCAAGAUCCCCAUGCGUCGAGACACACUCUCGGUCAUGACAGGCGGCUAUGCUGUCCUUCGCUUCAAAGCAGAUAACCCAGGCGUGUUUCUAUUCCAUUGCCAUAUCGAAUGGCAUGUCGAAGCUGGUCUCGUGGCUACUAUUAUCGAGGCGCCUGAUGUGGUUGCAGCGACUCAAGGCAUUCCACACGAUCACUUCAAGUCUUGUGAGGAGCAAGGGAUUCCUACUACUGGUAAUGCGGCAGGAAAUACGAAGAACUACACCGAUAUGACGGGAUUAGUUACUCAGUUCGAGACUGAUAAUUGGGGGUAAGCUUCAUCACUCACUGACGUGACGUGGUUUGCUGAUGUAUGUUUCAGGGCGUUGAUCAACCCACCGAAGAAGUUGAGGAGAUCCAGAGUCUUCUCGAAGUAGUUCAAGUCGUGAUGGCCUUCUCUU